UCAAGCACUGUACUGUACUCCAUCUCAGACUGUGGUCAUGUGAUCACUGCUACCUGUACUGUCAGGUGCACUUUCUUUGUGUUGGAGUUGGAUCAACCCUGACAUAAUAAUAAUAAUAAUAAUAAUAAUAAUAAUAAUAAUAAUAAGAAGAAGAAGAAGAAGAAGAAGAAGAAGAAGAAGAAGAAGAAAUUGGGACAAAUAAAACGAAAUAAAGUAAAACAACAGAAGCUCCUAAUUUAAACACGGCAGCGAGAAGAAGAGCUGUGACAACACCAGUAACUAGCAGGAAGCACUAGAGAUGGCUCGGAGGCAACGUGCUUGUUAACGAAUCCCCCACAGGGGAUCGGGGACUCGACAGGGACGUGGAUAGUGGGUUCGACUGCUGGUUCCCCCAACACACCGUCAAUCAGCCUCUCCUUCCCCCCCCCGAAGACGCAGCGCUGCGGGAAGGAGAAUCCAGGCCGCUUGCGGCGCGCACUGUGACACCUCGGGCCCGGGGGGGGCACUUUCCAGCGCGCCAAGUAAGCGCGGACAGCCUGGGUCCUCAGCCGGGCAGCAAGCAGCGCUGACAGCGGUCAGAGACCCAGUGUGUGUUUGAUGUCUGACGCGAACCAGGCCUUAUCGAGGAAAAGAGGACGGAAAGUGUCACAUUCCCCCGGUAAAAAGCGCAGAGGGAUGGGACAAGUACGGAGCGCGCAUGGCUUUUCGGCUGAAACAAACUUUUUAACGAUGCCUCCCACACUCCCCAUCGCGGUGCUUGAGGAAGUGUUCAUGAAUGUCCCCGCGCGCGAGCUCGUGUGUGUCUGCCGCCUGGUUUGCCGCCAGUGGAAGGAGGUGGUGGACAGCACGUCCUUGUGGCGGAACAGGUGUCGGCGGGAGGGGUACGAGCUCCGCAACGCCAGCAGUCUUCCCAAAGACUGGCGUCAGUUUUACUUCCUGUGCAAAAAGAGACGCAACCUGCUGAAGAACCCCAGGGCUGAGGGGCAAUUCAGUGGCUGGAAUAUCUUAGAAGAUGGUGGAGAUAAGUGGAAAAUUGAAGACGUGUCUCAAGAGCAUCUUCUUCCAGAUGAAACGGUCAAAAAAUACUUUGUUACCUCUUACACUUCCUGCAUGAAAUGCCAGUUAAUAGACCUGGUCAAAGAAGGUUAUGGACCAGCGUUUAUGGAUGAAGUUCAGCCUGAUAUCAUAGUGUCUGACUGGUAUUCUCCUCGCUGGGACUGUGGAUGUGUUUAUAACUUCAGCGUUGAGCUGCUCAACCAGAAAAAGAAAGUGAUUCGGGAGUUCCAUCCCGAUCCAGUCUAUUUUGAACAAUGGAAUGACAUGCAGUGGAAACAGAUGAAGCACGUGUUCCAUGGCUAUGGGCCAGGAGUACGUUUCAUCAGGUUCACUCAUGGGGGGAAGGACACGCAGUUCUGGGCGGGCUGGUAUGGAAUUCGGGUCACAAACAGCAGUGUGGAGAUAAGCCCCUCUGGGGAUAGAUAGUCCUGGAAGACACUUUACUGCAAGACUUAACUCUCAAACAGUGACCACAGCUUCAGAAACAUCUUCUUAGAUAUCUAACAUUUUAUCUAAAUGGGGGUGUGUAAUAUACAGCUUACCACGGAAGGAAGGGCAGUGGGUUUUAAGCAGUUAUGUAUAACAAUUAUGUGAUGUUAUGCUGCAUAACAUGAUUUUGGAAGUGCUGUAAUGUCCACUAGCAUAUAUUGCACUGCAUGUACGGUAAUUGGUAACUGAUGGUGUGUGUGUGUGUGUGUGUGUGUGUGUG